AUGUCCUAUUAUUCGUAUCCCCAUGAACCACAGCCCCGAAGGCGUUCGUAUGAAGAUCCUAUGCGUACGUACGUGUUCGAUACCAUUGCAGAGAGCAAAGCGUGGGAAGGCCGUGCGCUCCUGCUUUGCCAUUCCGCUCACAAUUUGGCCAUACUUCCUCCUGCGUCAACACCGAUUGGUUUUUGGUUUCACCGGUUUCAGAAGGAUAGUCUGAAUGCCCGUUUGCUUCGUUCGAGGGUGUCAAUAACACGAGCGCAACAAGUCUCUAAUGCACUGGGAGGUUGGCUGAGAAAUUGAAUCAGGCAGGCGUCAUGGUCGGGACCCGGUCGACGGGGAUGGAUAAGGGAAGGGGCGAAACGAAAGGAAAAGGAAGCGCAAUCACGGCAUCAUGCGUUAUGCGUCCUCACUUCGAGGGACGGGACGGGCAUAGGUAAUCCUUUGUUUUCAAGUACAUCUAAUCUCAUCGAGUGUAUCUCGGCCUGAACGUUGAACUAAAUGUGG